AUGCCGGCGCCGUCUUCGACACGCCCAUCCCGUGCGUCGCUUGCGUGUGUACUGGCUGAUGCACGGCAGGGUCGGCAACCGAGAGACCCCUCGUCAGCCCAGCUGCAGUGGUACCUCAUCCAAUGGUUUCCACGGAACCUCUGGCCAUCCAUCUACCGGGCGCCGUCACGCGGGGCGCAGGGUACGGCCGCCAGGGCAAAUGUGUACCGCCAAUUUUGCAGGGACCCGCCUCGUGUGUCGCACGAAUGGACCGCGGCGCUGCACCUUGUGGAGCUUGCCCGCCUAGUGGACAAGACACCGGACACUUCUCCAUCGAGGGUGCACCAGGGGGCAAGACUGCCAACACGCACACCUACACCUGAAUCGGAUUCAGUGGUGCAGGCAACUGAGCAUCUUUUGCGGUAUGGCGUGUUUCCGCCCUCCGGCUGGGCGCUAACGCUGCAGCUCCUCCACAAGUGGCGGGAAAAACAGCCACCCGCGCGGCCGCAGGUGUUCCCGACCUCUCUCAGUCCUCCUGCUGCAGCCCAGCUGCUGUACCACAUCAGCCUCUCCCCACCUUCGCAACGGGCGUGGCAGGAUGCACUGCGCCUCUACCAACUCUGCGCCAGAGAGGCUCACGCGCCAUCUACCAGCGAUCACCCUUUACCCACCAAAACGGUCGAGCCUCCGUCACCGCCGAGGCGCACGUCAGAUACCGCGGCUCACUCCGCCUUCCUGAAGGCACUGCGCCACAUGACUCUCACAACGUGUUUGCGGGCUGGCGAGUGGGAAAGAGGGCUCCACUUUUACUAUCACACCCUCUAUCAGCGCGACUUGCCAGGCCCCAUAACAACAUCAUACCUGGUGCAGCAGCUGGGGCGAUCCGGUCAGUGGGCGGCCGUGCUGCAGGUGUAUGAGCUCUGCGUGAAGCUGCUGCACGCGCAACGGCACCAAUGUAAGCAACAGCGGCAGCAGCAGCGGCUGCCUCCGCAUAGGGAGAAGUGCUUCUCACAAGAGUGGGGGACCACGCUGUCGAUGGCGAUGGCGGCAGCACAAAACUCGCCUGGCGCCCCAACGAGCACGCUCGCCACAAUGGUGCAGCAGCUUCAACCAGACCUCGGCGCCACACCUACGCUCUCCACUGAUGUGACUGGAGUCACACCUUCUUUUUCUCCCCCUUUAGUGCGACUGAGCGGCCACUUUCUCUCUGCUGUGCAAGCACUUCCGUCGGAGAAGGACCGUUUGGUGGUGCUGGACCUCGCCCGGCGCAGAUCUCUGCUGGACAUCUUCAAGCUCAUUCGGGGUCUUGUGUCGAAGCACAGGUGGGAAGAGGCACUGACGCUCUUCGAUGGUGCCAUGUGCACCACGUCUCUCCGGACGUUACACCCAGAUCCUCGAGACGGGGACUUACCAGCGCUACAUGCAUCUGCGGAAUCCACUAUCAGGAAACCGCUUGGCCUUUCUCGGAGAGAGAUUGGAGAGGCACGGCUCAGCUUCCUUCACGAGGCCACCAUCGACUCGGUGGCUGUGGUCGUGGCCGCGCUGAAUCGGCACCGGGGUGCCACAAGGAGGCGGCGCACCGACGCUCUACAAGAGAGUGAAGUCGCCCAUCGCUCUCCUACUGCAGCUGAGGUGUCCUCGACGCGGCUGAUGCUGAACGACAGAGAGGUGGAGUGUGUUUUCUCGAAGACACUGGCGCUGAAUGAGGAAGGGCCCCGCGCUCUCUCUCUCGCGGCGCGUGGGACUCGCGCGUACUUCUGGCGCUACUGUCUUGAGAUCCUUGCCUUCAACUACGGUGCGCUGCCUUGUGGCGACACGAGUACAGAAGCCUCUCGCUCGCCUGAAAACGCGAACGAAGGACACAGCUCCCCUCCUCAACCACGCCGUACACCGACGCCAGCGGCGCUCUCGUUCCUGCUGCGUCACCCACGGUUCCCCUGGCACGUGGCGCUGCGACUCCUGCAGCAUUACGGCGUGUUGGGGACGCAUCCAGGUGAAAGAGCUACUGCGACAAUGGAUGCCACAGGCCCCCGCACCGCAUCACCUUCGUCAGCGGAUCGGCGGACCAGGACGUCCUCGCCGCCUACACCAUGUUCGCUAGCGCUGGCUGCCGCUGUAGAACUCCUCCGAAGUCAGGGGAAACUCCUAGUAGCGGAGAAGCUGGCACUCAAGUCACUAGAGCAAGAGAUGGCGGAGGAGGCUCUCGGUGCGGGAACUGUUGUCUCACUCUCUGCGGCGCUGCUGAGGGUGGCACAGUACCCAACCCUGCGGAGCGUGCUGCUAGAAAGGGGGAAUGAGAGGCUGAGGGUCGAAGGGUCAACGCUGUUCCACUUGCUGCAGGAGAGCACUCGUGCGAAAAGAGUACAGGCAGAGGGUCACGGUGAUGAUAGUGUCUAUGGGACGUCCUGUGGAGCGGUCAGCACUUCUUCGUCUCCCUGGUGGGCGAGCAGCGCCGCCUUCUUCCACCACCCGAGCGGGCGUGCCCUCACCGUGAUAUGGCUGUUGAUGCAGCGACACAUGCACCCGAAAAUGACCACCACUGAUGCGGCAAGGUACGAAGACCCCACAAAUUUUCCGGCUUCUCUGUUUCUCUGCGUACCUCCACCCACAGCACCCACCGCCCCCAUUGCAAGCUUGGCGGCCCCUCUCAGGUCGUGGCUCCUGGCGUAUCCCGUGGCCGUGCACUGCGAGGUACUGCGCGUCAUCAAGUCUCUGACGUCGCCGUCAGAUUUGCCCGUAUCGUCCACUUCCUCUUCUGCUGAGGCAAGUCUGUGCUACGUACAGCGUUGGGUAUGGGUGCGGCGCUACCUGGCAUCGCUUGCAAUGCACUUUUCUGCGCCCUGCACCGAUACAUUGACGUGUAAAGAGGGGGAGUCGCUUGUGGAGGAGGAGUUUGGUAACGCAGCAACCGAUGCGGUGGCGAGGGAGGCGUACUACGGUGCCACCUUCGAGGCUGUUGUCUCUCUUCUGGACGCCCCCGUGUCAUGGAUCGGCGCUUCGCAUGAUGAAGUGGGCCACGGGAUGCAUAUGGGCGUAGUCACCGAUGCGACGGCUGCGAGACACCGCGACGAGGCUCCUCAGAGCUCUGCACAGCGAGUCCAGCAGCUGCACCAACUGCUGGAGCGCGCCAUUGUGCGCUACCGGUGCCUGCCGCCGACGCACAUGCUUUUGCCAAACCAACUAAACCGCCUCUUGCCCCCGCUUCCACAGUCCAGUCUGCGCUUCACUGGCGUGAGUGCUGAGGAGGUAGGUGCACAGCGUGACUCCUUCGACAGGGGUGGUGCAUGCACAGAACGCUGCGCGGUGGCGUUUCACCUCGUUCAACUUGUUUUGGGUACUAUCCAAGACGCGAGAGAACAGUGUACCGUGGAGCCCGUGCUGCUGCACAACCUUCUGAAACUCUGCUGCCGUGUCGCCGAGUACGACAAGGCCUCUUUGACAGCUGCUGAGGAAGCCGCCCCCACCGACAUUGACAGCAGCGCUACAGUUAGCAGAGCCGGCGCGACGCUGGUGCGGCUGCAAUGUGAGCUGUGUGGCCUACAAACAGUGCGUCCUGGCACCCUCUCGCUACUCUAUCACUUGUGCGCCGCUGCACAGUCGCGCGCCAGCUCUUACGGCCACACUAUCCCGCGUCAGGUGGCCCUAGCGACCACGUGCUACCUACUAGAAGCGCAGACGGCGGCAGCAGCGCGGAAGGAUCAGGAAAAUCAGCGGCAGGAGGGUGUACUAUCGAGGGUCACGUCGUCAUCGUCACGGCCCUCAAAUGGGCAGCGACGCCUCGACUCGCCAGGCCUUUCUUGUGCAGUGCAGGGGCGCCACUGCCAACUCUACUUCUCCCUGCUAGGAUGGGAGGACGCGCUGGAGGUGUGGUAUCGUGCUUUUCCCCACGAGGUCCUCACUCAGCUUUCGAGCAACCCGGUGGCAGUGGAGGCGUGCUUCAGCUUUGGUGAGAGUAGUCAACUCUGA